CACUGGCUCCAUGGCUGGCAUACAAGCACUGCCACUACUACUAGUGCAACGACUUGAAAGUAACUGAGUGGAAGGGCGAAUGUGAAAGCGCACUGCCAUCAUUCACCGUGCGUUGACAUUGACAACAGAGAGCUGUUGAGAGCUCUAAACGCCACUCAUUCUGUUACGACAACCGGCGUCCAGUGACGUCUUCUGGCGUGCCAGGCACCCGGGGCACUGCAGACAAAACUACUGUUGACGUCGAUCGUAGCACCGUCCAGAAAACUACUUCAAUGGUAAGGCUAGAUCUGCUGGUACCCGGCACCCGUAGACCUACGCCGGAGUACGGUACCCGUCCUACCCUCCUUCCCAGGAUAACAAGAUACUUAGGCAGACGUGCGUGGCCAGCCAUCAGAUGCAGAGCUAGCGGCGAAUGUCAACGAUGUAACAUCGCCGCUCCGAAGUUAUUGUUGAAUAAAGUAAGUUAGUUGUGGCGUAGCAACUCCCCCUUCUAAUAAUCUUCGUAAUCAUUGUGGCCUACUUGACAAAUACCACAAAUCUAUGGCCAAGUAGAAGAACAGCAGGAGGGCGGUGCGAGAGUUUGUUGUUGGAUAUUUUUGUGCUGUAGCUGUAGGAUCGCUUUCCCAAAAUAAAUUAAUCGCACACUGGGAACUGACCGGUCCAGAAUGUGGCUGAUGCCGUGAUCAUGGUGAUGGAGCGCCGGCGCUGACGACGAUUUCGUCACAAUCGUGCUGUCCGGAUAAACUAUCACAACCAGCCUGAUAGCGAUGCUAGCGUGCGCCAUUGUUGCUAUCUUGGACUAACUUUGAGUGGGACAGCUACAGGGACUUAUCUUAGUAGUAAUACCGGAUUUACCUGCAGUACAGUACAGUGCAGUACAGUACAGUGCAGUACAGUACAGUACAGUACAGUACAGUACAGUACAGUACAGUACAGUACAGUACAGUACACUGUGCAGUGCUACCCCAUCGUUCUGUACUAUAGCCUGUGCAGCAGCUGCGUGGUGACUGCGGUGGGGAGGUCUCAAGCGAGUCAAGGGGACUGGACAGGAUCAUGGAUGGAGUGCAGUAUGACCGGUCGUCACGGUUACAGCUCUCAGUCUCGCUACACCAUGUGUUAGUGAUACUGCUGUUACAUGGCUGUGUGCUGGUCAGUAAUAUGACACUAGGCCAAAGCAGCAGUAUUUCACCGGCUGCAGCUUCCAUCACCCAGGGAGCCAUUACGUCUGUCCAAUCCACCCUGGCAACAAAUACACGCAGUCCUGCUGCCGGUGGCAAUAGUCCCACAGCAAGAAAUCCCGCAUCACAGUCCCCUGGCCAAGCACCGCAAACAAGCUGGGCAAGUGGCGGUGCCCAAUCUCAAACACCCCCAUCAAGGAACUCUCCACCAGCUGGAGGUAGUUCAGGGACCGGGCCGUCUGGGCAGUCUGGACAGCCAGGCAGUGGUCACAACCCUGCUUGUAACAGCAGACGGCGACUGCCUACGGUAUUCCAAGAGCCCGACGUCUGUCAUUACGAUGAGCCGGCAACACUGGGAGGUGCGUUGCUGGGUGCCAUGUUUGAUUUGCAUAGUACAUUCAGUAAUGUGGCAUACACGUGUCCAACGCGUACAUUCCAGAACUGGAGUGCUGUAAUGCAGACGCAUGCAUUUCUAGUGGCAAAGGAUGACAUGGUACAGCUAUUAGCCGCCGCCAACCCGUCGGUGGAUAGGGAGUUAAGUGUACAGUACAACACAACUCUGGCCGACGCGCUAGGCGUACGUAUUCGGGAUACAUGCUCCUCAUCUUUGCUUGGUACGGUUAAUGUCAUUCACCUAACCGUGGGUGCAUUGGAAGAGACAUCGGACGACGGGAGCUGUGAGCCACGAGUACAGCUGUUGGUGGGACCAGCCAGUAGCACUGAAGUAGCCAGUGUAUCACAGAUCCUCAGCUCAAAGUCUAUACCACAGAUCACCUACUGGGCAUCCAGCAGUGUAUUCGAUGACACCGAUGAAUAUCCAUACCUGUUUCGCACAGUUCCGUCCGACAAGCACCAAGUACGAGGACUGGCCGAUAUGAUUGAGCACUUUGGCUGGCGUUACGUUGCCGUGGUUGCGUCUAGCGACACUUUGUAUGGACAGAGUGGCCUGGAGGGUCUGAGGGCUGAAGCGGAUAGCCGACUAACGUUCUGCAUCGCGGAAGAGUUCACUAUUUCCCGCUCCUACUCCAGCCAUAGCAAUGCAGCUGUCAGGGCAUUGAGACGGGACACUCAGGUACGCGUAAUUGUCUUGUAUGCUGUACUGGACGAUGCAAGGAGCUUCAUCCUUUCAAUGCUGAGACAGAACUAUACUGAUGUUGUCGUGAUUGGCAGUGAAGAUUGGGUGAAUAGACUGGAUUUCAACGACCUAUUAGAUGCUGGCAGUGUGCUGAAUGGGACACGGGCAUUCCCCACUAUACUGGGUCUGGCGCCACGACCAGUCCAGACCACGUUACUGGAGAGCGAGACCAGACGUCUGGGAGAUAUGUUCAGGGAUCCACAGGCCAUGGCUCGCUACUGGCCCAGGAAUCCCUGGCUGCGACAGUACCUGGAGAGUACCCUGCACUGCUCAUUGCCCGAUAAUGAUGCUCCGGCAUGCCAGAACAGUACGUAUGCACGCAUGUGUAGACCAGAUGAAGUCUAUUUCCAGUAUGUGCCUAGUCUGCUGCCCACACAGCCACUGAUGCAAGCAGUGUUCCUGGGCACAACCGCUAUGUUCUACUCUGUCAAUAUCACUGCCAGCAGGAUCAACGCAAAGUCUCCGUUGCCGGGACAACCUGUGCAGCCGUCGUGUGCGCAGCUCGGAGGUGCGGACAUUCGCUGUCACUUGUCGGAGAUGACGAUUCCAUGCGACGACGUUGCCCACCUGAUCCCGGACGAGUACAAAGCGAGCACACGCGGCACGUUCUACGCUGACACGGAUGUGCGCGAGCUGUGUCACAUGUUCACUGAAGACCAGAGUGCAUUACCGUUGUACUGGGUAAUGAACCUGCACUUGACGGCCUCGGGUGAUUUCGGCAUGGAGAGGAUAGGCAGCUGGCAGGAUGCUUGGUCUGAAUCUAGCCUGGCUGAGCGGCUCACACUGAAUGAGACCAGCGGCAUAGCAUGGUCACUCUCCGGCAAGCUAGCACAUGUGCACGACAACACAUCCUACCCUAGGUCUGUGUGUCAUACGGAUUGCCAGCCGGGUUAUCGCCGCUCUCUGGUCGAAACCGUGCUCCACUGCUGCUGGGAAUGCCAGAAGUGCCGCCAGGAUGCUAUCUCCACGGAACUGAACUCUGACAGCUGCCGGGAAUGCAGUGAGCUGACAGCACCCAAUGAGCAACAAACGGAAUGCGUGGACAUACCUAGCACAUACAUCAAGCUAACCGAUUCCUACGGUAUCAUUAUCUUAGUGGAAGCAUCGGCUGGCAUUCUUGUUGUCCUCUUCACGCUGAUAAUGCUGUGGACGAACCGUAGCAAUCAGAUUACAAAGGCAUGUGAUCUCCACCUCAGCACGGUGAUUCUCUGCUCAGGUGUACUGGCAUUCGUAUCGGCGAUUGCGGCCAUGCUCAGGCCUACGCAUUCGCAGUGCACUCGCACGCUUCUCUUCUCGACACCCUGGACUCUACUCUGCUCCGCCACCGUACUGGCCAAGACAAACCGUCUGCAGCGUCUCUUCAACGCCGAUGCAUUCAGCCGCCUAAAGCUCCUGUCCACUCCUUACCAGCUGGUGUUUAUCGUUGGCCUGGCACUGAUAGGAGAAGCCAUUGCUGUUGCGGCAGUGUUCAUCAGUAAACCUGAUGCAGAGCGUGUUCUAAUCAGUGACGGCGUGGUGCACUUGUUAUGUCAGGGAAGCAAGAUAACGCAGUGGUACGGUUCUAUUGUCGCCUACAACAUCCUUCUCAUCUUGAUCUGCCUUGUAGUUGCUACACGUGUUCGCAAACUGCCGAAGAGUUUCAACGAGGCUCGGCUCAUCUUCAUGGCAUCCUUCUGCACAUUCAUGGUCUGGUUGGGCCUAGGUCCGGCAUUCUUCAUCACCGAGGGCAUCUUGCAGCCAUUCAUCAUUGCCUUGUCCUCCUCUACACAGAUAUGGUCUUUAUGGGCAUGUCUGUUUGGGCCAAGACUCUAUCAACUGCUCAGCCCCAAGGCCAAAGCCAAGCAGCUACGGCGCAACACGACCGGCAGUAGCUCUGCUACAUUCGAGCAUAGUCAGCGCAGAGCUCGCAAAGAACAUGACAAACAGCAAAGCUACAGGCAUGGAAAGUCGUCAAUGGGCUCCAUCGGUAGAUCGGCGACCAUUUCGUCGGAAAUCUCCUACAGUACAGACGACUACCCGGUGUCGGCAUCGCCCAAGAUCUCCACUGCAUCCAUGUCCUCCACUACUGGCCUUCUGCUUCAGUCACCAAUGAACGGUAUACAGCUGUCGCCCUUGAUGGGUACGAGUGAAGACUGCUCCAUUGCUGAGAGUGACACAGUCGUAAGCGAGACAACCACCACCAUGUACUGCAUAACACCAUCUCCUAAUCCAUCCCGAGCCAGUACUAACAUGGCCAAUGAGCUGCAGUCCAGUGAUGGCGGUGACAUGGAGCAGUUCAGCAAUGGUGGAACAGGGUAUGCGGGUCAUUGCCAAUAGUGCCAAUACCGGUAUCCAAUAGUUAUACCAACUAUAGUGUGCAGUAGAAGUUCAAAUCAUGAAGAGCCGGCUACCGAGGAGUUACGCCCUUCUCAUUAAACUAUAGACCACUGUACAGAAUCCUUUACCUGUUUGUGAAGUGGCCGAAUACAAUCUCUCAUUGGCAUAAUAUGAACAGCUUGUGUUGUCACGGUAUGUUUCGCGUGUGUUUGCCUGGCACAUACAUGUACAUAAUAGCAGAGUGACACUUGACCCUUUCCACGAAUACCCGCCGGCAUGAGUACUUUACACCUACUGAACGGCACACAGCUUGCUUCAGAGUCUGCAAGGAUCUUGAGCUACUAGCUACUAGCUACUAGUAGCCGAACUUCGUUAUAAAAGUAUCAUAGUAUGGCUGUCAAUUUCCUUACCAGUACUGCUGACGUUGUAAGAAUAGGAGGAAACCAGUCAACGUAUUCUGCUGUGCUCUCUGUCUAUAUUUUCUCUCUCUCUCCCUCUCCAGCUCUUUCUUUUUCUCUCUGCUGCAUAGUUUGAUGCGUGUGCGUGUCAGCGGGGCUGUGACGUUGUCCUUGAUUCAGAUCUAAGUUGGAUUACUUUUUAAAAAGGUUUUUGAAUGCCAGUUCCCUACUAUUGCAUCAUCUGUCAAGUUUUGUACACACCAUCAUAUCAUACAGGCAUACAGGGGUAACCAGGGUAACCAGAUUCCACCAGGUUGAACUACGACUGUAC